CACUUAGCCCCACCCCACUAUUUACACUCGCACGGCUUGUCACUUUCUCCGUGGCUUAAUGCUGCUGCUCAGAGCGCAGCGGAGUGUCUGGCUGGAUGGAAGUAAGAAGCUUCACGUAACAUUAUAUAUAUCUUCAGACGGUAUAUACAGGGAGGGGGGGCACACCACACAGAGAAACUGGAGAGGAAGCUGAAAGAGAGAACUUCAAGCAACAGCCGAGAACUCAUGACUUGUACACGGGAAGAACAGACAAGGACAGGAGAGCAGAGAUCUACAAGGUGGAGAUUGUUUUCCUUGAAGCAAAGUUUCUUCCUGUUCUGCGCCCUAGUGAUCCCAUGCACGCUAUUUGCACAUUUUUACUUGCAAAGAAAACCAAUAUAUUCCCAGAGAACUUUCCCAAAAUGCACCCAUGGGUCGGCAAGCCACGACACCAUCACACCGCUACCAGGCAACAAAUCCUUUAUAAUAGCCCCCUACUACGACGACAGGGAAGGAAAAGUGAUUCGCACACUAGGAAUCGUUCACACAGAGCUAAAAAGACUCUACUGCUAUCUCUGCUGUACGGUGGAAACGGGCAUGCAUGUUUCAGAGGCGAAAAUCGUCAUCCACGAAGACCGGUUCGGCUUUCCGUUCGGCUUGGCCGACAUCAUUUGCGAUGAGCCGCCAAACUGCCGACCGGCAUACGUGUAUCUUAACGAGUCUCCCGCUGAGAACAUAACGAGGCUGACCAGGUUUGAAAUUCAAAACCGCGACCGCGGGGAAUUUAAGACGAACUUCACGGUCUGCAUUUCUACCUUGUACGGAAACUACAGCAACGCCUUACAAUUCAUUCAAACCAUUGAAAUGUAUAAAUUGCUGGGGGCACAGAGAGUUACCAUCUAUCUCAAAAACUGCAGCCGCCAGGUGGAAAAAAUCUUGGAGCACUACAGUAGAGAAGGGAUCAUUGAAGUAGUACCGUGGCCCAUUCACAGGUAUUUGCAGGUUUCCCAAAAAUGGUUCUAUGAGGGGGACAACAAAGAGAUCGGCUACUAUGGACAAAUGGCAACGCUGAAUGACUGCCUCUACAAGAACAUGUACCGGAGCAGGUUUGUGCUACUCAAUGACAUCGAUGAAAUCAUUUUGCCAUCUGGACACAAGACUUGGGACAAUCUGAUGGAAAGUCUUCAGAAGCAGAACCCAGGUGUUGGGGUUUUCCUGUUCGAAGCAUUCGCUUUCCCUCAAACUGUAGUCACCGACGGGAACUUUUCCGGUAUUUCAUCGUGGAAACAGGUACCGGGAUUCGAUAUACUGCAGCAUAUCAACAGGGAACCACCGAAACCAGAUAUCUUCAAUGGCCGGAAAAUGAUUGUGGACCCAAGGAAGGUGGUACAAACAUCCGUACACUCAGUCUUAAAUAGUUUUGGGAAUUCUAUCAAAGUCCCGCUGGAGACUGCCUUAGUGCACCACUGCAGGUCACCACAACAGCUAAACCUGAAUAAAUCGUUAUAUAUUGAUGAUAGGACUAUUUGGAAGUAUAAUGUUUCAUUAAUUAGGAAUGUGAAUCAGGUGUUGAAUCAAUUAUCUUUGCAAUGACAAAAAGAAAUUCUAUAUAUUGAACAUUGAUAGUCGUUACGGGUUAUUUUCAAGAUUGAGCUAAGCUCUAGACAUGCAUAUAAAAAUGUGUGAAUUAAAUAUUUUGCCAUGUAAUUUAUAUAAUAUAGAUAUUUUUUUAAUUAAAUUGGAAGAAAAAACAACACGCAUUCACAAUGUGCCUAUUGUGUAUAGAAUAAUGCCUGCACGUUACAGUUCAUCCCUUUUAUUAGAGGUCUAUACACAGUGGAUGGGUUUUCGGAGAAAGCUGGUGAAUCUCAUCACUAGAGGGGUAACUGCCCUGCGUAACAAUUGCAGAAGUAGGUUGGGCUCUUAGAGUGGCCCUUAGCAAAAAAUUCUGGAAGUUGGCUCACGCAGGCAGGACAAAAUGAACUGUAGCCUAGGCCAACACACAGGUAGGUGGGGUUAUAAACACCACUCUUAUCUAGCCACAUCUGCAACACACAAUGCUAGACAAUAUAUACAAUACAGGGCGCUUCCUAGAGAAAGAUACGCAAUGCAGAAGCAUCCUAGUGACCGCCAUACAAUAAAGUAAGCUUAAUAAUAAUAAUAAUUAUUAUUAUAUAAUAAAAAGAGCAUCUUACAAUUGGCAUACAAUACAGGAAUACACUAUUGUACACUACGGUUGUAUCAUACACUAUUUACCAGUGUACAAUACAGAGCGCAUCAAUGCCAAUAAUUAUACCCGUACAUGUCUAAGUCUACUACAGAAGAACAGUACGGAAGAAGCUUUCAGCUUCCAUGCCACUGAGUGACCCGUCUAUCUUUAUAUAUAUAUUGUCAGAAGUGGGGGGCCCCGGCUAACAUGCAGAGCUGGUUCUAGACCUUGUGGCACCCAGGGCGAAAGUUUCCUGUGAUGCCGGCUGCAGCGGGCGCACACAGCGCUCGCUGCAGCCGGGGAGCGGGGAGGAUUAGUAGCGGCUCUUGCCAUGGCGGCGCCCUCAGGGUAGCGGCGCCCCGGGCAAAAAGCCUGCUUGCCCGUGGCAAGAGCUGCUACUGCUAGCAUGGACACUAGCAGAUUUCUGAGAAUGGAGCACUUUUCAGUUACCUUAUGUGGGUCGAUGCCAUGCGAUUAAGAAGGUCAAAUUUCCACUAUACAUAAAGGCCACCAAACUGCUUCUAAGCAGAAUAGCUGGUGCAGCCAUUGGCGUUUCUAUAAUGGGUGCAGUAUGUGCAGUGCACACGGGCCCCUGGGUCAAGGGGGCCCCACAUGGCACACAUUUAAAUACUUGACUUCCUGGAGUACGUGCUGCAGCUGCAGCAAAAAAUCACUAGGAAAAUGUCCGCCGUGCAUGCCCAGUACUGAUUGGGCACCAUGUUUCCUGAGACCUGUUCAUGCACAGUAGACUCUGAGUCUAGCACAAUAGGGGGCCCAUACAGACUCUGCACAUGGGCCCCCUCCUCUGUUAAUCUGCCCCUGGGUGCAGCUAAGAAAAUGAUCCUCUCCAGGUGGACUGAACCAGAGACCCCUACCCUCAGCCCCUUCUUACAGAGAAUGAAGUAUCCUUCUACUAUGGGCUGGACAGCAGAGUCCAUUAAUAAGAAACUGGAAGUGGUGACCCGGAAAGUAAAGAGCUGGAGAGGAUGGAAAUUCUCUCUGAGGGAAACGGUUGACUUGUGCAAAACCUAUCUGAUCCCAUUGUUCUUAUAGGUCAGUUAUGUAUGUUUCUUGCCACCACCACUGUGGUCAAAAAUUGGCUCUUUGUUUAUUCCUGCUGUUGUGGGGGAAAAAAUGAACAUGGUCAAAAGAGGCAUUGCAUGCAAACCGAGGGCCGAAGGGGGACUGGAUAUGGUCAGCAGCUUUUUUAAAGAUGAACUUUGGGGGUCUGCUUUCAGAGACACCCCCCCCCCCCCCUCGGUGGGCAGACGGUUUCAGGGAAUGGGUGUCCCCCUUUCUCACAGUAUGGGUAGAAGGAGGCCGUUUGAAAAGUCUUCGGGCCAGGAGAGGCUACCUCCCGAUCUAUGUGAUCCGAUGCUUGAGAGUGUUUGGGUGAUGGGGCUUGGAGGUGGGGGUGUUAAGGGACCUCGUUAGGAAGGAGUUGGGGAAGAGGGUCUUGCAAACUCACUUCCAUGUCCCAUUGGCCCUGAAGGGAUCUCUCUGUUAAAUUCUCAGAGGAUCCCGUUGAAAUUUAGGGACAUCGCCUGGCUCUCAUUCCAAGGGAAGCUCUAUGUUAGGGGGAACCUGAAGUUUAGAAGACCCGAUGAUCGUGAUUGUCCACGGGAGGAGUGUCAAUUUCAGGAGGAGAGUAUGGACCAUUUCUUGCUUCAGUGUCCCUCUAAUGUAGACAUUUAUAAAAGAGUGUUGAGUGUUCUGGGCAUACCUUGCCUUUCUGGUUUGGAUUACCAGGGUUGGGCCUAUGGGGCAAUCAAAAGGUAUGAGGAUUUUGAUUUUUGCACAAUUAUUUAUGAUUAGUUUAGCUAUCAGGUAUCACUUAUGGAAUGCACGGUGCCAAGUUUCUUUGAGAAAUAAAGUCCUUCCCUGUGAAGAGGUGGAGGGUUUAAUAUUACACAAGGUAAAAUGGAUGAUGGAAAUGGACGAGGAGAGAUUGGACGUCAACAGCUGGUCCCUUUUGUGGCGCCAGCUGAAGCCCCCUUAGUGGGAGACGGAAGAUCUCCAAGUCCUUCAAACUACUGGUAUAACUGUGCUAUAACUCUCUCACUUUUUAGUUGACUAGAUUUUCAGGCUUCAGUUCAUUUUUGAAAAUGGUUGCAUACACUGAAAGGGCUACCUAAACUUGUUAUUCGCUUCUCAUCUAAAUUUUGGAUUUGUCCAGGGCGAAAGCAGAUUGCAAGGUGAGAAUGGGGGUGGGUGUGUGUGUGUGUGGAAUGAGUGUGGAGUGAGUGGUGGUGGUGGGGAAUGUAAAGAAGUGUGCUUGGAGUAUGCUGGGGCUCAGGAA